AUGGGGACGGUGAUAUCGAGGCUGAGGGUGAGGGCAAGUGCUAGGAUGAAGGCGAGGACGAGCUCUCCUGAGUACGAGGAGGAGGGGUUCGAUGAUGAUGAGGAGGUGGAGGAUGUGGAGCCAGAGCUAGACCCUGCAGAGUACGAGGAUGACGAGGCUUACGCUCGAGUGCUUCAGGACGCCGAGGAGCGUGAGGUCUCUGCGCAGCUUAUGGGCCCUCGCUGGGAUUCAGCGAUUGUUUAUGGAUUUUUUCCCAGCUCAAUUCAUGUUUCCCGCGGGCUGCUAAUGUGCACUUUUGCUUUUGCCUUUGCUUUGUAG